GCGUCGGUCCUCUCCAAAGGCUGAGCAUACGAGUAUUCAAGGUAGACACUAUGUUUUACGACGAGAUCGCCGCCUGUGUACCGUUCAUCGUCGACUUAGUAGCGUACAGCGAGAUCGAGGAUCACGCCAAGAUGUUAUCCCACCUAAAGCGCGACGCCUGCAUAGAAGCUUUUCGCGCCUUCUCCCACCUCCAGACACUCGAGCUGCACGCCUCCUCCAUAGGGCGGGUCGUCACGAGCGUCAAGGCUCUCCCCCUUGUUCACCUCCUCGCCUCCACACCAAGCUUCUUCUCCCUUGUCCUAAUCAACGAGAAAGAGCGCGACAGGCAAGAGGUCGAGACAUACUUUAUUGAUGAGCGGCGCGGUAAUCAGGCGACGGGAUACUGGGUCAGAGAAGUAGAUGUCACCCAACGGAAAGAGUUCGUCGCUCCCCACCGGCGUACUGACUUCCUCUAGCCACAUCUCCGUUGAUCCCAAUUACCCAGAAGGAGACAACAUCCAAACCAUAUUUCCGAGUGCAAAAUACCCCUCUUUGGACGUCGUCUGCUCGGCGGAACGUCCUCCGGGGCAGGAGCGGUGCACGGGGUCCGAUCAUUCAUGGCUGAUGCGGUCAGCAGGGACCGGUGGACGACAUUCAUUCCGAGAAUGUUUUACCGCCAAAGUCAGGCCGAUAAGUACUGCAAGCACACCUCCUACCUCUGAUGCACCGUGUACGAGCACACAACUUGUCCUGGAUUGAAAUGUCCCUCUCGCACGGGGGGUGCUCAGAAGAUGACGAGAGUGUGCUCAGGGAGCCCCCAGCCCUGCCCGUCGAGCUCUGGGACCUUAUCCUCAGCUUCACUUCUCGCGCGGACCUGCGCACCAUCUCCUUCCUCUCAAGGGCAUUCCAUACCCUCGCACAGCGACACUUAUACCGGCACCUCUCACUACGUCUCGGCCUUCCAACAGUUCAGCAAUGCGUGCUCAUCUCCCGGCGGCCCGAGCUCGCUCUUUCCGUGAGGAGCAUCUCCCUCCUCUUCGGACUCGAAGCGGCUGAUCGUGCCGGAGCCUCGCGCACGCGAACGUACGCCCGCCCACCAAGGGAACUCUUCGCUCCCGCCUACACGCGCCUCUUUUUCCGCACGUACGCCGCUUGCUCGCGUCUUGCCCAGCUGUCCGUCUCCUCCCACCUGGGAUUCGACGACCUCCUCACGUCCAACCUCUUCCUCUCCCCGAAACACAAGAUCACCUACUUCCAAGUGGGCGCUCGCGGGCCACAAGGAUCCAUCCUCCACUCUCUCCCUUAUCUUCGAAGUCUAUAUAUGCUCAACCUCUUCGGGUGUAAUACCGAUUCCCUAUCUCCCUCCGCCCUCCCCAGGCUGCAAGCUGUCCGCUGCUCGCUGCGGCAAGCAGAGACGCUUAUCCCCGGCCGACCAGUAAGGGACGUAGCCCUGGAAGCGACUACUCUGGACCUAGACCACCUACCAAGGGUUAUCAGAACGCUGCAGAUGUCCACUGCUCCCAUCCGGGCUCUGGAUCUCAAGCUCCGCUCGUUUGACCCCAGCACAUUCCGUCUUGUCGGCACGGCCUUUCCCUGCUUGCGAGAGUUCGUCCUGACCGUAUUGGACGUCCCGUAUCGCGGCAUAUUCGACCUCGCCCCGGAAGACUGGCUUGCGCAGGGUCAUCUCUCUCCCCUACGACAGCUCCGCACUCUAGAGCUGCACGCAUUCUACGCUCCUCCCUCACACAUGCUCUCCUUCCCUCUCCUCCCCCUCCUUACCGGCCUCAGCUCCUCCCUUCCCCACCUCAGCAGAGUCAGCAUCGUCGACCGGGGCUCGACACACGCACAUGAAGCCCUCGUACGGAGCUACGAUGCUCGCUUGCUUCCCACCCCCUCGCCGGAUGAACGAGAGCGGGCGCGAUGGGAUUUGCAGGUGCAAUUUAGGAAUUGUAGGAAUCGGAGGUCGAUGUUGUUUAAGGGGUUUGGGGAUUUAGGAGAGGAAGAGCCCGUGGAGUGUGUACUUGGGGAGAGGAUGCCAGGUCCACAGUGCUGGGUUAUGUAACAUGCCAGGGAGGAGGAUGCCGGACCCACAAUGAGUGCGCCGGCGGAUGGAUAAAAUAAUGAGCGUCUACUAUCCGUUAAUUUUGUGAUUUAUCGUUUUC